AUGGGCACAUGUAAUUGUCAUAAAAAGGAUGAAUAUUUUUCAUUAAAUGAUCUCAAUGGAAUAGAUAAAUAUUAUUCAUUAAUGUCAAAACGAAAAGCAGAUAUUUUCAUGUGGCUUAUAGAUUCAAAAGGUCCAUGGGAAACACCGGAAUCAUUUUUAUGUUUUAAACAAAGUAAUGUUAAAAAUAGUCCUAUCAAAGUAUCGAACGAAGAUGAAAUACAAAUUCUUGUAUCAAAGUCAAAAUCGAUUAUAAAUAGUGGUUUGCAUGUUGAUCAAAAGGACAUAUCCAUGAAAUUGAAUCUUAUUAAUGCACCUUUGUCGAUUGUUCAUGUUACUGAUAUUAAUAAAAAACCUGUAUUAGAUUCACCAAGUGAUUGGUAA